UGAAGGCCGAGGAGGAGAGACAAGGAGUUGCAUCGGGAAGGACCGUCAGGGGGGCUUGAGUCCCUACCGACCGAAACCCGAAGGCAGAGGCAUGAGCCAAGGCCAAAAUCUGCAGGGUGGCAAGGCUUAUGGGGAGUUCCUGGUUCAGCAGGAACAGAGACUGGAUGGGAUCAAUCAGCAGUUCCUAGACGACCCCAAGUACUGCAGUGAUGAGGAGCUGCCGCAGAAGCUGCAGGCUUUCUCCAAGAAAUACAUGGAAUUCGACCUAAAUGGAGAAGGGGACAUUGACAUCAUGUCCCUGAAGAGGAUGCUGGAGAAGCUGGGGACCCCCAAAACCCACCUGGAGCUGAAGAAGAUGAUCGGGGAGGUGGCGGGGGGCCAAAGAGAGACCAUCUCUUACCAGGAUUUCGUCCGCAUGAUGUUGGGGAAGAAAUCGGCCAUCUUUAAAAUAAUCCUGAUGUACGAGGAGAAAGGCAGGCAGCAGGAGAAGCCCACAGGGCCGCCCGCUAAGAAGACCAUCUCAGAGUUGCCCUGAGGGAGGCUGGGCCCAGGCCCCCAGCCCCAGCUGUCCUUGUCUCACCCUCUGAGGGGACCAGAAAUAAAAUCCAUUUACCCUUC